GUCCGUUAUCAUUCCAGGCCGGGGUCAAACACGGGAGACCCGGUCGAAAUCGAAAGCGAGGCCACACUGACAGAUGAGUAUGCGCCGAACAUAUCCAGGUCCAGGUCAAGGCUUCCACGCAUCGUAUACGCGCUACUAUCCAGUUGCAAAUCAGGAUGAAUCAGAUGGGCCUCGACACAGACAUACUAGAGAUGAUCGGCGCCGACGGGGAAUGUGAUUAGAACAAGACGUCUGCGAACAAGAGUUGGAAAUCAUAGCCGAAGAGAGAAACUAGGCAGCUCUAGCAGAGACAAAGUUCCCGACCCGGACGUUUUGUCCAAGUCCAGAAGAGUGGGCUCGCAGAAGCGACUCUACGAAAUACGUGGCCAGCUUUCCGACGGACAGAUAACACAUCAAGUGAGACGAGAUUCGGGGACCGUCGGUGAAAUCCAUAUAUUCCGUGCCCUCGCGACGCGCGUUACAUCGUGAGAGCAUUGCUGCCGUUGAACCUUGAACUUGGAGCCACGGAGGUAGAAGAUACGAGAUAAGGAAAACGCGUCUAGGGUCUCUUGCGACCGUUCGAAGAAGCACAGAACACGGCGCGAUAGCUCUUCUAGAUGCG